CGGGGAACUUUAGCAGGCGGCGUCGCCCAUCCGUGCGGUGCCACCCGUGUGGGGCGGCACUGUCACAGUGCGCGCAGAUCCACCCACCGAGGCCCUGCCGGCUUCUCGCCCCCGGGGCCUGCUACGCGGCGGGCAUUUGCAGGCGCUCCCAAG